AUGGGGUUAUCGGCUUCGAAGCGAGUGAAGAGUUCGUUAUCGAACUCGCCCGAGUUUGACUCGGCCUGCGACUCAACGUUCUCGCACUGCCUCGAUCUGACUCAGCACGCGUUCCCGGGAGUGUUGCCUUACCAACUCAACAGCGCCGCCGAGCAUCUCCACGGCCAGCUGUCCACUCACGCGCUCAUCCAGAGGUGGGUCGACGCGCCACCAGAUCGUUCCCAGGUUGACUCCGCGCUGCGCCGCGUCACAAACCGAUCGUCGUCGAAGUCCGGCAAUGAAAUUCUUGGACCUGUGAUGUUCAAGGAUUGGGCUCUGGAGCUGUACACUGAUGCUGUGCUGUCCGGUGCCGGAAAAGCGCUUCUGCUGCGGGUUCCCGUCGGCGUAGCUGGUAUCGCCGGAGUCGGAGCCGUCACUCACGCCGGAGGACAAGUGGUUGGGACUGCUGUUGGGGCCUACUCGCUUGGUGUUGCAGUCUCUAUUUUCCUUGCUUUAUCUGCAUAAUAAAAUCAUAAUUGUAUAUAUUAUUAUGGAAUUGUAAAAUUUUUAUUGUAGUUUCUAUUGUAUGUGAAUAUUAUUGAGCUAAACAAUAAAAAUAUAAAUGUGCGCUUAGUGUC